UGACCAACGAUGACUAUGACUGAAAAAAAGAAAAGCUCUCCACCCCAAAGAAGCCAGCCAAUGUUUGAAUGGAUAGAUAUUCCGCUCAAAUAUCAAUCUAUACUAUCCACAGUUCUCAUAUUCUUUGCAGCAAUUCUCCUUCUUCCUCCACCCGAAGUGGAUAUAAAUGCCCCGAUCUUUCAAUCGGCCCGUGAUGAAACUGGUCAACAUUUCGCUGCAAAUCGUUUAAAAGAAGCGCCAAUCCUAUAUGGCCUCGGUCAUGGAGCAAUGGGAGCUUUAUGUGGCAGGUUAGCCAUCCUUGCAAGCUUUUCAUUGGGGAUAUCGGGCAUUCUUUUUAGCCCGCUUAAGCUUGCAUAUACUGCACCUACGUUUCACAUCCACAAGCUACGAAUCGGGUAUGGUGAUCAAAAAUAUACCGUUCUUGCUUGGCCAACGUUUGAUUUUGGCAUUUGGAUCUUAGGUGGGGCUUUUCUUAUUCCGACGCUAUUUACCAUUCAAACAGCCAGAGCGAAAAAGUUCAGAGAACAUCAACAGUGGGCAAAACUUCUGACGAUCAUCGGGUAUAUAGUACCGCUACAAAGAGUUUUUAUGCUUUUCCUAAAUGUUCUUGCAUUUGGUAUCCUACCACACCUUUCAUCUGCACAGAAAUCGUUCUUUGGUUGCCCUGAUAGUUUAUCCGUUCCUGCCAAAGCAGCUGCAGAAAAGGCUGGAUUUGCAUGGACUUCAUGGACAGCAGCAGUGGUCAUGAUGACGUACUCGGUCAGGAUCAAAUAUCAUGCUCAUGUUCGGGGAGUUGGAAAAGAAGUUUCUUGA